GCAUCUCCUGAGGCAAAACGCCAUGCGCCUCCAAGAAUCCAGUCCGUGUUUUUCCAUAUUGUCAUACUCGCCACUGGAUUGUGCGGUUUGUCUGUGUGUCUCUCUGUGUGUGUGUGAGAGAGAGGGAGGAUUGCUACUUUCUCUCCUCUGAUAGAAACACAGAGCAGAAGUUGAGAGCGCGCCGCUCCGGAUCCAUUCUGGACGUUUCGCCGUUCUAAUCGCACACGCGUUCGUUCCGAGAGGAUCCGUUGGAGAAUUCUGCUAUGAGCCGGAUGCGACAGAGCGCGUGAUUGAUCAUUGAUGAGCGAUUGUAUGAUCGAAACAUUUGUCCACCUGCAGCUGGAGACGCCGGUGCGCUGAGCGCGUCUUGGGGGUUUUGCGCUUUUACGCAUCGGCUGGAUUUGCUCGCAGGAGGGAUGUUGAAGACACCUGUCGUGGUUUUCACUUCUUUAUCGCUUCUAUUGUCGCUGUCAUGUGCUGGAGAUGUAAAAUCGCGCAGCUGCAGCGAUGUGCGCCAGGCGUUCACGACCAAAGGCUUCAGUCUCCAUAAUGUGCCACUCCAGGAGAUAUCAGGUGAACAUCUGCGGGUUUGUUCCCAAGGCUACACCUGCUGCACUUCAGACAUGGAGGACAGACUCGGCCAGCAGGGUAAACUGGAUUUCGAGAAAUUAGUGGAUGAAAGCAGCCGCACCAUACGGACAGUAUUUACCUCCAGACAUAAAAAGUUUGACGAAUUCUUUCUGGAGUUGCUGGACAACUCGGAAAAGUCACUCAACGACAUGUUUGUGCGCACAUAUGGCAAACUGUACACUCACAACUCAGAGAUGUUUGAGGACCUGUUCUCCGAGCUCAAGCGCUACUACACCGGCGGCAACGUCAACCUUGAGGAAGUGCUGAAUGACUUCUGGUCGAGACUGCUGGAACGCAUGUUUCAGCUGCUUAACUCUCAGUACACGUUCACUGACGACUAUCUGGAGUGUAUCAGCAAAUACACAGACCAGUUAAAACCCUUUGGAGAUGUUCCUCGCAAGCUCAAGGCCCAGGUCACCAAGGCCUUUAUUGCGGCUCGCUCGUUCGUUCAAGGACUCAUGGUGGGUCGGGAAGUGGCCAACAGAGUGGCAAAGGUCAAUAUAUCACCAGGAUGCAGUAAAGCAUUGACCAAAAUGUUAUACUGUCCAUACUGUGGAGGAAUGCCAGGCCUCAAACCCUGCGCCAACUACUGCCAAAAUGUCAUGCGGGGCUGCCUGGCCAACCAAGCGGACCUGGACCCGGAGUGGAACCUCUUCAUUGAUGCCAUGCUGCUGGUGGCUGACAGACUGGAAGGGCCCUUUAACAUUGAGGCCGUCAUGGAGCCGAUAGAUGUAAAGAUUUCAGAGGCCAUCAUGACCAUGCAGGACAACAGCAUGCAAGUUUCAUCCAAGGUAUUCCAAGGAUGCGGUCAUCCCAAACCAACUGGAAUCGGCCGAUCUGCCCGCGGGAUCUCGGAUGUGUUCAACAGUCGCUUCAGACCUUACAGCCCAGAAGAGAGGCCCACCACGGCAGCCGGCACCAGCCUGGACAGACUGAGGAUUGUCUGGAGGACGAUGCAACACAGCGUGAUCGACAUUAAGGAGAAGCUAAAGGAGUCGAAGAAAUUCUGGUCGUCGCUGCCAGACAGCAUCUGUGCAGAGGACAAUGUGACUGACCCAGAUGAGGAGCAGUGCUGGAACAGCCACACAAAGGGAAGAUAUUUUCCUGAAGUUGUAAAAGACGGCCUUACGAACCAGCUUAAUAACCCAGAGGUGGAAGUGGACAUCACAAGACCAGACACCUUCAUCAGACAGCAGAUCAUGACCCUGCGAGUGAUGACCAACAAGUUACGAAACGCCUACAAUGGCAAAGACGUCUACUUCCAAGACUCGAGUGAUGAGGAGAGCGGCUCAGGUAGCGGAAGCGGCUUCACGACAGAACCUGAAGUGGUCCACACAGAGCCCCCGAUGUUGGAAGCAGACAAAAGCGACCCGCAACCAACGGCAGGCACGGCCCAAUGGCAAAAGCCUUCGUUGCAGUUACUAGUCACCGUUAUGGCCCUCACAUCGCUGCUGCUGCGGAGGAGAUAAUGGCAGUAGGGGGCACGCAGCCACACGGACAUUUAAGACAGACGCAGCGUCGCUCACGCUGUUAGCCUUUCCGUAACUGGACUGGACGUUUUCCAAAAAAAAAAAUAUAAAGAAAAAAGCCCAUGAAAAAAAGGAGAGCAAGCUAGCUAGCUAAACGUAAGGAGAGCAAGUGAGUGUGUGAAAGGAAGAGCGAGCGCAAAUCUUUGCAUCCUGCUUUUUCCAAAGAAUGCUUGGUGCAAUCAGAAACAGCUUCUCUUUUGGCCAACUGCUCUCAUUUCUAAAUGAAGUUACUUUUCGGAUGAAAAAAGUGGUUGCCGUGAAAAUGGGAGCCCUUUCCACAUAGCUCUUUCGGAAAAGAAUGGGAAAAUAUAAAAAUAUAUUUUUGUUUUCCUUUUAUACUGCAUAAAAUGAGACAACAAAAUACGCUCUGGUGUUUUCUCGCCCCUCCCGAAUUCAUUGUACGAUUAAAAAAAAAAAGCAAAAAAAAAAAAAAAAAAAAAAAACAGGCAUUAUAAAGAAAAAAGUAACAACAAAAAAUCUAUAUGAAUCAAUUUGUUUAUGUACCACUGUGAGAAUGCAUGGGGAGGUCAUGAGUAAAUGUUUUUAACUGUGAUUUUCACACAAUUUUAAUGCUUUUUCUCUUUUUUUCUUUUGUUGAAGUGAUUUUUUUAGUGUUAUUUGCUAAGGUGGCGAUUUGAGGUCAUUUUAUAAGACAGCUUUAGGUGAGCGUUAAAAGAGUCUGGUCGAGUUUCCCGAGGGCUGCUCCUGCUUAAUUCAAAAUAAAUGAUCCAUAUCUUAAUAUAUAAAGGUUUAGUUAUAAAAUGUUUUCUUACAGAGAAAGAUUUAUUUAUAUUUCUAAUAUAAUUAUAUAUUUUGGCUUUACCAGUUAGCAACUUUUAUUCAAAAGCGCAUAUCUAACAAAAUAGCUCUCGCAAAGAUGUUUUUUGCCCUUUUCAAUGCAAACACAUUCAUUUAUUUUACAAAUAAUUCCUUUUCAAUCUGGAUUCAGAUGUACCCAACAGACUUGCCUGAUGAGUCUGAAAUUUUAACUGAAUGAAACAAUUUCCUUUGCCCCGUAUGUAAUUCUGAUUUGGGAAAGUUUCUAAUCGAAAAGUCUUCGGAAACACCGAAAGCCAGUGUUAAACGCGAUCUGAGUCAUGUUCCUUACGCUCAUUUAUAUACUUGUCAUUUUAAUCAAUUAUGUAUGCACAACCCUCAUUUACUUAACAGCUUUUUUCAUUUUUCUGUCUUUAUAUGUAGCUCACCAUAUCAGCGUUUCACAUUUUAUGUAUAGACAAUUACAAAAUGAAUUUGUUGUGAAUCAGUGGGCCUCAUUCAUGAAACUAAAGCAGGUUAAUUUUGCAGGUAAUUAUUUUAAAACAGUGUUUCCCAACCAGGCUGCCGUGUAAAAAAAAAAAAAAUAUAUAUAUAUAUGUAAAUCACAAGAAAGGUUGGUCCAAGGGUACAUUUACACGACAACGAUAUGGUUAAAACGGAGAAGUUUUUCCUUUUCUGCGUACAGACGACACCAUUGUCAAAACCACCCCCCAUUCAUACGAAUCCGUGAAAAUGACUAAAAAUGCUGUAUUCUGCUGGCAGGCCAUUAGAUGGCGAUGAAACACUAUAGACUGAACAUGUAAUGCGCAUGUGCAUGACAUCAUCGUUUUCACAGAUUUGCGUUUUUGUUGUUUAGACCGAGAUCGUUUUCAAAAACUUGCAGUUUGAAACCCGUUUUUAAAAGUUUGCGUUUUCAGGCCACCAAAACGCCAUUGUUGUGUAAAUGAACGGCCAAAGCGCAUAAAAGGUUUUCUGUUUUUAGUUGAAAACAGCCCCUAAAUUUCACCGUGGGAUGUGCAUAAUUUUCAUUCCUGUGCUCACAUCCAAAAUACGCACAAAUAAAGCAACGUCUCAAACAGUUCGCGAGUGCCAGAUUGAUUUAUUUUUCAUGAUUUGUUGCACUUAAAUGGUCAAAUACACACAAAAAUAUUGUCACAAUGUCUGUUUUGCUGAUUAUUCACAUAAACACAAUUGGUUAUGUCCUGAGUGAACAUAAACAGUUAAGAAAGAAAAGGCAUGUGCAACAGUAUAUUGGAUCUGUACGUCAGCAGCCUAAUAUACCUGCUGCUGUCUGUGUUUUUAAUGUUAAUCAAACAACAAAAGACAGAGAAAAUCACUCACUGCUCUUGACUGAAUCACUUUUGUAACUUCUGUAUUUAGUUUUUUAUUAAUUUCUAGUAUUUCCUACCUGAAUAGCCCUACUGCAGUUAAACCUACCUGAAAAACUUAAAGCAAUUCAUUUAAUUUGUAUCUUUAUUCUAUUGUAUUUAUUUCUGCUAUCAUUAGUAAUUUUUUUAUUUGUUCUUAUUUUAUUACUGACUGUUUACUUAAAUUUAGUUAAGUUUGAAAUCAAUCUUGUGCAAUUGCAACAAAAUUAGCACAUUGUAAAAACAUUGAGUGAGCAAACAUUUAGGUGAGAUAUGGUAAUUGAGCACUGUUUAUAUAUGAAUAAAAGCCUAAAUUAAAAUCUGUCAACAUAUAAAGUGAUCUCUUCAGAAGAAAUUAUUGAUUGCCUAGACUUUCAAUGGAUAGACAUAAAAUUAAUAAUGAUAAUAUAUUUUAUAUAUAUAUAUAUAUAUAUAUAUUUUUUUUUUUUUUUUUUUUUUUUUUUUUUUUUUUAAAUCUAUAUGACAGUAUAUACGGUGGUUCUUCCCCUGGUGACGAAUAUCGAUACUUUUCAAGGUAUCGUAUCGAGGUUAGAAAUUCCAGUAUCGUGACAACACUAGUGUAGGGUGCCACAAAUUUUCAAAAAUUUCCAAAGGGUGCCGUGACUGAAAAAAGGCAGGGAAACACUGUUCUAAAAUAUAUAAAAUAUCUCAAAUGUUUAUUGCAACAUGCAAAAAUUUUCUUUGUUUUAUGUAAAAGUUCAUUUUUGUUUUAUUUAAAUAAUUUGUAAGCAUUCUUAUGAAAUUUGCUGCAUUGAAUUGAAUUAAACUGCAUUAGUUUUUUUAGUUAUUAAUGACUUACACUGAAAUCUGUUUCACGAAUGAGGCCCAAUGAGUCGCUUUGAAUGUUACAAGGGCACUUUCUUGAUUUCACUUGUAUCUAUAGUUAUGAAUGUUUCUAAUCCAGUGCAAUUCAAAUCCAAAUGUACACAGUGAACAAACUGACAGAAUUGCCAGUUUAAUGGCUCAGACCUCCCGUUAUGAAUGCUGGCAUGUGUUAAUGUAUCGUUUAAUGACAGCCUCUCCAAACAGCUCAUGAUUUAUGGAAGGACGCCAUGCAUUCAUCCAGAGCCGUAAAGCUAUGCGUUACAGUAUGUUCAAAGCCGCCUGCUAAAACACUCUUUUCAUCAUUGAAAUGCAAAGACGCUAAAAGAUCCCUCUAAUGUCCUCUUCUCAGAGAUGCGUGAAGGUGGAAUUGAAGCAUCAGUGAGGACGGGUGGCGUGUAGAAUAUAGACACACAAACAGCUUUGAAAAUGAAAUGUGGAAGAGAGAGAGACAGUCCAGUGAUGCUCUAGUGCAUCUGGUUUUGAAAGCAGGACAGGUAGCAGAAGACAAUGUGCUUUUUGCUCAUGCCUGGGUACUUUUGUCUUCCCAGAAAGGCUCAAAAAGCACCUCGGUGGGUUUUGGAAAUAAGAAAUUCAGUGAGCCAAGAGAGAGGGUGCACUGUGGAAAGGUCGAACACGCUGCUGUGUCACAAAGUCAACAUGAAGUCAGAUCUUGAAUCCUGUUCACUUUUUCAAACAUGUUCCUACACUCUUAAAAAUAAAGGUUUCAGAAGGGGGGAUUUGUUGUGAUGCCAUAGAAGAACCAUUUUGGGUUCCCCAAAGAACUUUUCAGUGAACAGUUCUUAAAAGAACCUUUUUUUUUUUCUUAGUGUGAAGAACAUUUGAAUAAUCUAAAGAACCCUUUUCCACUUGUGCAAUGGAAAGGUUCUAUGGAUGUUAAAGGCUCUUCAUGGAACCAUCAAUGCCAAUAUAGAACCUUUAUUUUUAAGAGUGUAGAUGAAAAAUACAUUUUUUUUUUUUUUUCAUUGAAUAUGAACAUUGCGGAAAUUAAAUAUGUCAUUUUAUCUCGACUUUAAGUGUAAGAUGGGAAUUAAAAAGAAUGCAAAGGAAAUGCAGGUCCAUAUAUGAACCCAUAUAUGUAUUGUAACCAAAGUUAUAAAACAUUAUAGUACUUAUCUAUUCAUUGUUACAUUGAUGCAUUAAAACAGAUGACAAACAACCAAUUUCAGAUGUAACAAGGAAUCUGCAAAUAUUGUAAUGCAUUUUAACUUUGGUUACAAUUAUUUAUGAAAAGAUAUAAUAUGAAUACCUUUAUAAUGCAUUACACAUAAAUGCUUUAAAGUGCCCCUAUUAUGCUAUUUUAAAGGUUCCUAAUUUUCUCUCAGAGACUGAAAACAGUUUGUUUGAAGAUUCAGUCUCUCUAAACCCCUCUUUUCCACAAACCUACUCUGCUCAGACGGCCCAGUCUGUUUGUGAUUGGUCUACUCUGAUCUGAUUGGUCAGAUGGCCCAGCCUGUUUUGAUUGGACGGCCACUGCGUCGGAAACAAAACAUCCAUUAGCAUAUUUGAACUUCAGCUCCGGAUCUUCAUACACAGUGAUUUGAAUAUUAACGAUGGUGACAGUUUUUCCGUAACAAUUGUAGCGCUGGAUUCGCAGCGCUGAAAACAGCGUCUUCACAACAUGUAGACAACAUAAACCAAACUCUUCCAGUUUCAGCUAUAACUACAGUGUUUGAGGGCAGGGCAAAGCAGAUGUUGUAUGCGGGCAGCCAAUGGAGACCAUAGACUGGCAUUAUGCAAAUUUGUUACAUUGUUAUGUAGGUAUGUGACAAGAAGUGAGGCUGGAAUUGCUGAUGAAUUCGAUAGUUCAGAAACUAUUCUUUCUUUCAGGCAACAAUAACUUUGUGUUGUGUACUUUGAUCUUUAAAACUUUGCAGACAUUUACCUUCACAAACAGCUAUAUUAAAUGGAAGCUUGUUUCCAUCAUGAAAUAAAAAAGGUAAUUGUGACUUUUUAUCUCACACUUUUUUUUUACUUUUUUUUUUUUUUUUCAGAAUUGCAAGAUAUAAACUCACAAUUGCGAGCUAUAAAAUCAGAAUUGCAAGAUAUAAACUUGCAAUUGCAAGGAAAAAAAAUGACAGAAUUGCAACUUUAUAUCUCACAAUUCUGGCUUUAUAACAUACAAUUCCAACUUUAUAACUCGCAAUUGUGAGUUUAAAUCUCGUAAUUCUGAGAAAAACAAGUCAGAAUUGUGAGAUAAAAAGUCGCAAUUAUCUUUUUAAUUUAUUUUAUUUUUUUAUUUUUUUUUAAUAUUCGAAAAAGCAUAAUGGGGCACUUUAAGUAAAGUGUUACCAGUAUAUAUCAUGCCAACUUUAUUUCAAGGAAGACUAAAGUGAAGAAUCCUCAAAAUUGGUUGAGGGUCCCAAAAGAGCUGGUCGCAAUAUUGAUCACAAACGGGCACGUUAGCGGAAAAACUGCGACGUUUUAGCUCUGUUUUCUCUUCCAUUGCCCUCCAUUCUUGCGCGCUCCUGUCAGAAUCUGAAGACGGUGUUGUUGAAACAAGCAUGUCAUGUAAAACUUUUCCUAAUAGCUUGCGUGUUUCUACUUGUGGUCUGAAUGUAUUUGGCUUUCCUCUUUUGUGUGGAGAUGAUAUUGAUUCAAACGGAAUCAGCUAUUUUAAUGGUCUUGGAGGAUGCGAAGACUAAUUUGUCGAAUGUUUUUUUUUCUUUCUUUCUUUUUUUUUUUUUAAAUGUGUUUGAUGAAUUGAAGGAUACAAACCAGAUCCAAGCACUCAGAGUGAACCUGUUUCUAUAGUUCUUUAUUUUUAGUUUCUUUCCACAUUGCACUUUGAAAUUGAGUUCCACAUUUAGAUCUUUAUAUGACAAAAACAAGACAAGAAAAAAAAAGAAAAACGUUUACAUGUAAACAAGUACAAGCCAUGUCAAAUACAUGUUUGAGAAGAUUGUGGUCUGAAAAUGAACGUCGUUCCUACUGAAGCACGCUGCUUUGAGCUACUAUAGGUGAAGUUUUAAUGCGACGUUUAUGUCGUGCAAGCAGACAUGCCUUACAGUUUGUUUGUUUUGUUUUUUUUAAGAAAAGUACUAAAUGGAUUGCAUAUUUGGAUUUUGUUACUCUCUCUUAUAUACAGACAAGUGAUGAAGGGGUGCAAAUAAACAUUUUAUAUGAAAAAAACA